AUGGAGGGCAGUGCCUGUCACUGUUUGUCCUCCGGGCCUGCAGCUGGCGCUGCUGAGUGAGAGUCCGGGUCCCGCUCGUGGCCGUUCUCGCGAGGCUUCCUGGUGACUGACGGGCGGCGGCGAGCGGUGCGGCGCCAGUGACCCGGGAACAAGAGAGUCGGUGUUCGGUGUCACAUCGGCGGGGAGGGGGGAAGAUUUGUCCUUGACGGAAAAUGACGACGGUGGAGGAGCUGUACCGUAACUACGGGAUACUGGCGGACGCCACGGAUAACGUGGGCCAAUACAAGGAUUCAUAUCAGGCUAUUCUAGAUGGUGUGAAGAGUGGCGCGAAGGAGAAAAGAUUGGCAGCACAAUUUAUUCCAAAGUUCUUCAAACACUUUCCAGAGUUGGCCGAUAGUGCUAUCAAUGCUCAGUUGGAUCUCUGUGAGGAUGAAGAUCUUUCAAUUCGCCGUCAAGCCAUUAAGGAAUUGCCUCAGUUUGCAACAGGUGAAAAUCUUCCAAGAGUUGCAGAUAUAUUAACACAGCUUUUACAGACUGAUGAUAAUGCAGAGUUCAACUUGGUUAAUAAUGCAUUAAUAUGUAUAUUCAAGAUUGAUGCUAAAGGAACCUUGGGUGGUCUUUUCACACAGAUAAUCCAAGGGGAAGAUAUUGUGCGAGAACGUGCCAUAAAGUUCCUUUCCACAAAACUGAAGGCACUACCAGAAGAAGUCAUGAACAAAGAAGUAGAAGAAUACAUUUUUGUUGAAUCUAAAAAGGUACUUGAUGAUGUUACAGGAGAGGAGUUUGUUUUAUUCAUGAAAAUUCUGUCCAGCCUGAAGAACCUUCAGACAGUAAGUGGUCGACAACAGUUGGUCGAGUUGGUGGCUGAACAGGCAGAUUUAGAGCAAGUGUUCAAUCCUGCAGAUCCAGAUUCAGUGGACAGACUACUACAAUGCACAAGACAGGCUGUUCCUCUUUUCUCGAAAAAUGUUCAUUCAACCAGGUUUGUCACCUACUUCUGUGAGCAAGUAUUACCAAACCUGAGCUCCCUUACUAAUCCAGUAGAAGGACUUGACAUUCAGUUAGAGGUUUUAAAGUUGCUGGCAGAAAUGACACCUUUCUGUGGUGAUAUGGAAAAGUUGGAAAGUAAUUUGAAACAAUUAUUUGAAAAAUUACUGGAAUAUAUGCCAUUACCCCCAGAAGAAGCAGAAAAUGGUGAAAACGCAGGCAACGAGGAGCCCAAACUGCAAUUUAGUUAUGUUGAAUGUCUGCUUUUCGGCUUUCAUCAACUUGGAAAGAAACUUCCUGAUUUCCUUAUAGCAAAACUCAAUGCGGAACGACUUAAGGACUUCAAAAUCAGGUUACAGUACUUUGCAAGAGGUUUACAAGUCUACAUCAGACAGUUACGACUUGCUUUGCAAGGGAAAACAGGUGAAGCUUUGAAAACAGAGGAGAAUAAGAUUAAGGUUGUUGCAUUGAAGAUAACCAAUAACAUUAAUGUUCUUAUCAAGGAUCUGUUCCAUAAUCCUCCCUCUUAUAAAAGUACAGUCACCCUUUCUUGGAAGCCUGUACAGAAAGUUGAAGGAGGACAAAAACGAAUGGCUGAGGAAAACACUUCAUCCCCUCCCAAGAAACAGCCACCAGCACAAAAACGGGAUACCAGGCAGAUCUACAAUCCACCUAGUGGCAAAUACAGUGGUAAUCUUGGUAACUUCUCUUAUGAACAAAGAGGUGGUUUUCGUGGAGGCAGAGGUCGAGGCUGGGGUGGACGAGGAAAUCGUAGCAGGGGACGCCUCUAUUAGAAAUAAAUGUUCCUUCACCAUUGCGUGUUGUGCAGUAGUUACUGUGUACUAUAUUCUUGGGAUUGCUACAGAGCACCUGCAAGAACUGCGAGUAGCCUUCCAAAGAGAAUUCUGUAUUUAAGCAAACCUAAUUUCUAAAAGAUACUUUGUACAAUUCAAUCUUUGUUUAUAUUUCGGUAUGUGAAGCUGUUUCUUCCAAAUCCACACCCUUAUUCUAAAAGUACUUUUUAAUUUCCUUUUUAGUGUGUACUACUCCGCAGAUAUUUGCAGUUAUAGAUUGGAAGAAAUGUUCAAAACAUAAAGCAGCAGUGUUUGACAUUCCAAAGUCCAUCUUUCUAAGGCACUAUGGUAACAUCAAAAUAUAGUAGAAAACAUUCGCGUUCAGUGCUCAUUUGAUGCAAUCAAAUGAUGCAUUCACAUGGUUGUGUCCCAGCAAGGUGGUGUGUAACCAGAUUGAGGUCACACUUAAAACUGUACUUUUGUGAUCCAUGACUAAAUGUAGGAACUUCCAAGAUAUUCUGGCAUACUUUCCAAAUAAAAAUGUGCUACCAGAAGAAGUGGCAUUACUAUAAAACUUGUGUUCACUAAAAUACCACAACAGGUAAUUCAAAAUUUUGGAUCUGAUACUUUCCCAAUUGAAAUGCUUGUUGAACGUUUUAAUCCUAUUCAACAGGCUCCUACAAAGACAGAGCAGAUAAGUAAUGUUUCUCUGGGCCUAAGUGGCAUUUUACAAAAAAAAACUCAAAUGGGUCUUGAUUCCCCAUUUUUUUCGCCGAUGUUUUAUCAGUGCCCAUUAAUUUUCCAGUGGAGACUAGGGGGUUUAAUUGUCAAAAUUGCAGACAGAAAUGCACAUACUUAUAUAGUGGUCUAUUAAUGUACAGUAUUUUAGUGGGGUCCGGAAAUUUGAAGCUCUGAAGCUGCAACUGAAUUUCAACUCGAUUUGUCCCAUUCAGUAAACAAAAGACACUAUUCCUAUGGAUGAAUAUCAGGUUAUUUGUUGUGAUAAACUUGUGAUAUGUGCAGUAUUUAUGUAAUUUGUUCCCUCUUUAUGGUCUGUACAGAUUUACUGAGAGUGUUGUAGAGUUGAAGUACUGCAUUCAAAGAAUAAUUGUAGUUGAGAGAAUUUGUUUGAUUCCAUAACUUGUCUGCAUUUUGGCUUUGAUUCCCUACUUCAUUGUCCAUCUCCAUGGCCAGUCUUGAUAUCAAAUAUUAUCUCAUUGUGCCUUUGCAGUGUACAAUGGGCUUCAUUUUGAUGUCAGAAGACAACUGUAAUAGAGAUUUUCUGAACUAUAUCCAUCACUUCCCAAGUUUGUAUUCCUGCCCUCAAUAAACCAGUAGUUAACAACUUGUACGUGUUAAUGUUUCAGCUGGUCAUCUUCUAAAUUUAAAACUUAUUUUGAAGAUUUGAAUCUACGUUGAGAAAUUGUUUACUGUAUGACUGCAAGUACUUGUGAACAAACUGUUACCCAGCAGUGAUUUGAUCCUUAUUAAUAUAUUUCUAUUGGAACUUUAAAAUGUAUUAAGUAGAACUUACUUCAAUGCUAGAUUAGAUGUACAUUUUUAGGAAUCAUGUAGACUCGAUCACAAUAUUAUGAUUCCAGUUAAAAUGCUGAAGAAAUACUACUUGCACCAGUACCGCUGAACAACCCAUACUGGCCUUGAAAUAUGCCUGUUCUGGAUUACUGCAGAAAUUAUCUGGUAAUAUAUUUAUUCCUCUGUGCUGAAAUUUGGGAAGGUGUCUUCAUUGAAUAUACAAACUGUUUUGAGGCUACAGUGGAAAUGUUAAAUGUUGAUAAAAUUUGAAUAAUGAACUAAUAUCAGAAAUGACAGAAACAAAAAUCUUGGGAGUACUGUUCAGAUAAAUAUUUUAGUGUUUUUUUUAAUACAAAAUGCGAAUGUUAAGUAUUUCAGAAUAUUUGAGCAAUGCUAAUCUGUUUGGAUUGCUGUUUAACUACCAAGAUCUUAAAUUUACCAUUGUGCAAAUCGAUAUAUUAAGGUGUAUUUUGGAAGCUUGCUUUUGGAGGUUAAUGAAUACUUGUGCAGUGAAUGUCGGCAUGCAGUGAAUAUUGGCAUGCACAAUGUUUAUAUAUUCACUUUUUGACAUCCAGUCUUUGUACAGUCUUUCCUUGGUGGAAGCUAAUUAAUGCAGUAACUAUGAAGGGAAAGAUGAUUUUUCUCUUUCUUUUGUUAUACAGUUGAAUCUAUUUCUUUAUUUUGUCUUUGGUCUGCAAUAUAACAGUGCCAGAGCACCUUUUAAGCUGUGCAAAACAUUCUGCUUGUCCUUGUAUUGUGCAGAAAGAUUUAUUUCAAUACUUGGAUUUAAAAUCUCAAACUUAUUUAGAAAAGCUGUAACUGUGCAUGUGACUUUUAUAAGGGUGUCUGUACAUAUUUGAGGGAAUGCUUUUUGUAGGUGUUUGCUGGUUUUAUCAAUGUCAUUGCAGCUUCUGUUGAGAAAUGCAACAAAGUUUGCAGCAGCAUUUUCUUUCAGUAGAAGGAAAUGCAAUCCCACCCUUUUUGGAAUAUAUGUUUUAUAUGGUAAUGGUGCACACUGAAUAAUAUUUUUAUAUUGUGCAUCUAUAAUCAGUUAGUAAACAAUGAUGAAAAAUAGCUACAUGGUCAACAGAUUUUCAAUAACUUGGCAUAACCAAUAUCUAUUGAAGAGAUUUAAAUAUUUUUAUAGGGCUAUUAAUUUCAAUCUUGUGUACAGUUGGGCAGUUUUUUUUUCAGAUUUUUUUUAAAACAAGUUUUGAGAGAACCAUUGAGAGUGGCAGGGAUUGCACGAACUCGUGGUCUGGUAGAUCUCAAAAAUUAAUGUGUAAUUAAGAAUAUCAACAUUAAAUAUUUGAGUAUGCAGCAUCAAAAUUUAGUCAUUGACACUAGCUAAAUGGAAAUGAAGUUUGCUUGCUUAGCUGCGUAAUAGCCCUGGAAUUCAAAAUUGUGUAUGUGCACUGGGAGGGGAAACAUAAUUUAUAGAUGUGAGGAUCGAUUUGUUAAAAUGGUGUUAAAAUGUUGAUACAUAACUGAAACUGUAUUAGAAGUUUGGAGAGCAAAUUGUUCCCUUUGUAAUUUUCAAAAAUAUAUUGGCAGUGAAUCUGCUCGUCAGGAAUUAAUGUUUCUUGCCUACUUUUUUGUUCUUGUUCUAUUUAACUUUCAAUUUAUUUAAAAAUACCUACCAGACUGUCUUGUGUUAAAUCUUGUUAUGCCCUUUCAGUACCUUUUUUAGAAUGGCAGUGGAUGAGUGACAUAAUUUACCCGCACAAAGUAUGACCUUCUGGUUGUACCUUUUUUUAUUAUGAAAGCAGAAAUGUUGAAUGUAAACAUGAUUGAUGGAAGAAUCAUCUUGGAUUUCUGGACAAAGCAAGAGUCCUGUGUGAUUUAAGGAUAUUUGAAUUAUUUGUUCUUUCUGCUUGGUUAAGUUGCAACCAUGACCGAAGGAUAGCUUGUUCCCUACUAUUGAGGGCUUUAUUGGAAUAUCCCAAGCCAGAAGUGAUUUGGCAAUUCACCAUUCCCAAUAACAUUUUGAAAUGUUAAUGCAUAUGAUGUCCCUUUUUUUUCAGCUUCUGAGAUCUGUGAAGGAGUGGAGAGGGCAACUCCAAAGAUUUAGGAUCUAGUUCUAUAAUUGUUUAAUUAGGGGUAAAACUUUGAAGUUACUUGUUCAUUGCUAACUAAUGCAGUCUCUUAAACGAUUCCAGAGUUUCGCCUUUUUGUUUUUUUUUAAAAAAGGCAAAACUCUGGGGAAAAUGUUACCUUUUCUUCCUUUCAAAGCAGGAAAAGCAAGAUUUUACUGUUUUUCCUCUUCGUACGUUUGGCACUUGAUAUCGGCAUUGUGGCUGUUGGAACUGACGUUUAAUGUUUUAAUGUUUUCCUUGGGUGGGUUAUUAACAGGAGUUUAUUUCAACAGGACUUUAUCACCUUAACUUUCAUGUAUUACUUUCCUGCUUAUUUACCAUUUUGCCUAGUGGGAUAUGGGCAUCACUGGGAAGGCCAUUUAUUGCUGAUGCAUGAUGGCCUUUAAAAAGAUGAUAGUGAACAUCUGCCUAGACCCAUUAUAGUCUACCUGGUGAAGAUAUUCCCAAAGGUCUGUUGGUUAUGGAUUUUGAUGCCAACUAUUUUGUUAAAUGGCAGUUACAUUUUAAGAUCGGAAUGGUGUGACUUGGGGAACCUAGAGAUGGUGGCAUUCUCAAAAAUAUUUUCCAAGCUAUUAGUUUUAUGAAUACUCCACUCAUUUUGGUCAGAUGAAAAAUUUAUUUAAAUAAUCAAUUUUGUAAGUUGGGAAAAUAGUAGGCCCAACCCCAAAUCCUGCAGGAAUCUACUUGCCUUGCAGCACAUCUUAAGUCAGGCAAACACCUGUGUGGCUAUUUGCACAAUCGAUGACACCAUGUAUUCCCACCAUCUUGUAUUUUUCCUUUACUUGGAGAUGAGAGUAGUUAUGGAAGUUAACACAUACGAAAAUUCAAAACUCAGAUUUUCAUUUUCGUUACGUGUGCUAAUAGCAAAACAUUUUUCAUAGCAGUUCACUGCAUGGGUCAACAUGAUCUUAAAAAUACCUGUUGUUUUGCACCUUCCUUGCGAUUUUCCCUGAACCUCCACACCUGAUUGACCAUUUAUCAGCAGCCUUUUUCAAUGUCUGGUCUUGCCUCAGAUUUCAGUUCAAAACUGUCAAGGAGCUUGGUCAGGUAUAAUCUUCCCAUCCUGAACCAAUACUCACUGUUGUUUAUCAUAUUAUUACUGCUCAGAUUUUCUUUGAUUUUUUUACAAUUGAAUUGAAGGAAAACUAAUAAGUUUCUAAUUUUGAACAGGAUCUGCUUGCAAUCUCCUGGCAUCUCUUCAACAUUGGGUUAUUUUCUGUUUCAAUACCUCAAGUGUCCUGAGUUUCCCCUGGAUGGCAUUGUCAUUGGGCUUUACCAUUGGCUUGAUUAGUAUCUCAUUUCCUAUAUGGAAUUGUUCAUUUUACCUUUUUUUUUCCAGGAUGAAACAUUACACGUCUUGUAGAAAAUCAUUGUUUUCCUGUUUAUCAUUUUACAGCCUGUUGUAUAUUUUAGUUCUCACUUUGCUAUUAAAGUUCUCUUUCUCCUACAAUUUUUUUUUCCUUCUGAAUUUUUUAAAAUUCUGUAUUUUGUGUAUUAAUCCCAAUAAAUGCCUUUCAUUUCCUUCCUUUGGAAGAUGUAGUCUUUCCUCAUUUGUUUAUUCAAUUCAUUUUUAUAGAACAGUACAGCACAGGAAUAGGCCCUUAGGCCCAUGAUGUCUGCCUGCAUGUACGUGGUCUAUAUCCCUCCAUGUGCCUGGCUACAUGCCUCUUAAACAUUGCUAUUGUAUCUGCUUCUACCAUUUCCCCUGGCUGUGCAUUCCAGGCAUCUACCACUCUGUGUCCAAAAAAAAAGCUGCCUUGUAAAUCUCCAUCAAAUUUUUCCCUUUCACCUUAAAGGUAUGUCCUCUAGUAUUUGACAGCUCCAUAUUGGGGGGGGAAGGCUCUGACGAUCUAUCUAUGUCUCAUAAUUUUUAUGUACUUCGAUCAGGUGGUCCCUCAGCCUCCGACAUUAGAGAAAACAAUCCAAGUUUAGCCAAGUUCUUUUUAGCUAAUACUCUCCAAUCCAGACGUCAUCUUGGUGAAUCUAUUCUGCACCCUUUCCAAAGCAUCCACAUCCUUCCUGUAAUGCUGCGACCAGAACUGCAUACAGUACUCCAAAUGUGGCCUGACCCAAAGUUUCUGUUCAUACUUGUACUUGUUGAUCAUUUAUAUCAACAUUGUUCCCUAAAGGGGAGAAAUUGAUUGAAUCACUAAAAUGGAGGUUUCAACAUGUGUGUAGCAAUUACAAACAAGAGGUCCAGGCAUAAUAAAAGUGAAAAUAUAGGAAAAUCUCUUGGAAAAAGUUUGCAAUUAGGAGUAGGUAGUCCAAAAACUUCCAAAGUAGAUGAAAGUGAAGAGAUAUUUAAGGACAAGUGGAUAGGUAUAAGAAAUGGAUGUAAUGUGCAAAUUCCAAAAAGGUGCCAAAAAUUCUGCUAUGACAAUUGGGAGAGAUUAUACACACCAUCUAUUUACAAUUGUGCAUUUUACACUCUGAUAAAUUUGAGUGAACAAUUCAUAUUCUUUAAAGUAAGUCAAUGCACUAGUAAUUACUUCAAUAUAAUCAUGAAAUACGUUCAAAGAAUCAUUGAUGACAUGACUUUUUAGUUUGUACAAGGUUGCUUUGACUUAAGAUUUCAUAAGUUUAUUCCAUUGAAGCCAAUGUGAACAGGACAGGAAACAAUUGUAAAUUAUCUGUAGUUUGCUGUCUUAGUUAAAAAUAGUUCAGAAUUUUGAGUUUUAAAUCUGGUAGAAAGAAAAUGUGUUUGUGUAGGAAAUACAAGAAUUUAAAGUAGUUGUUCCAUGGUUGAUAGUUACAUAUUGUGUGGAGUUUAAUCUUCUGUGCAAUGUGCAGUUGAAUUACUUGUGUACAAUGAACUAUCCAGGUAUCUCUUAAUAUAUUAAAAUUGUGUCUGUACACAUUCACUCUACAGAAUUUGUCAUUUUAUCAACGUUUGCCAUAACUCCAUGUUUAUGAUGGAGAUUGCUGUUGCAAAUAAGUCCCAUUGUAAUUACAGGUGCUUGACACUGGUGGUGAUAAAAUAUCAUGGAGUUACAUCUUGGCUUCUCCUCCAGAGAAACUCAUCUGUUCCAAACAGCUUUCCCACUCUUCCAAACUUGGUGUUUUUUAGUUAAGCAAGCAAAAGAUCAAAAUAUAUAUUUCAAGAAAAAAUUACAUUCAGAUACUCUGGUCCAGUUAGCCCCCACUUUAGUUGAAGACAGAACUCGUUUUUGACUCUUCAUAUUCAAUAGACUAUUAUCACAGUAUACUGUUUAUGCUGGUGUAUAAAGUAUUCUGCAUUCACAAGAUUUUCAGAAUGUCUGUUGAUUGCUAUGCAAUUCUUAUGUUCAGAUUAAAAUGUAAUUUCCUGUUCAACCAUUUUUUGUUCAAAAAUUUCCAAGACCUCCAACUGUAGUUUGGUGUAAUGUACUUUGGAACCAAAAAUUAAACAGCAUCUGCGGCUA